ACAGAUUCUCUUUAUCUUCCCUUUGCUUUUACUUUUUGUUUGUAUAUAAGCCAGAAUUCAGGCCGCCAACUUCCUCACCGAUAAUUCCCCAUAGCCAUUUUUCAAUUCAACAGUCUCGAUAUAACCAUCCAGUGGGUGAACCAUGUCAGAUUGGGGUCCAGUGUUCGUGGCAGUGAUCUUGUUUGUGCUGCUGACGCCAGGAUUGCUGUUUCAGAUGCCGGGACAUCAGAGGUGGGUGGAGUUUGGAAAUUUCAAGACGAGUGGUGCGGCAAUCAUGGCUCAUUCAUUCCUCUAUUUUGCUCUCAUUUGUGUCUUCUUGCUUGCUGUCAAGGUUCAUUUGUACCUUGGUUAAUAAAGUACUGCUUAACAUGGCGUGUGCUUGCCAAUGAGAUGAAAAAUUAUCAAGUUCAGGAUGUUGCAGCAGAGUUUCUUGUUUGAGUCAGUUAAUUUUAGCUCAUGACCAUUUGCUUUGAGUCUUGCUCUUUUACAUUGAUGUAAGAUGUAACUGAGUUGCUGAGUAAUAAUAAUACCUUAAUUUUUCUUC